GUCCCCCCCCCCCCCCCCAAGCUCCAGCUGUUUCCUUCCCCACUACUUUCUUUUGCCCCUCUUCAUCUUUAUAUAUCUCCUUCCUCCUUCCUCCUCCGCCACAUUCCCCAUUUCUCUCUCUGAAUUCCUCUACUUCAGACCUCUUUUGUUACAGGAAUUUGGAGGGGCUAAUCAUAUUGUUAAAAUGGAGUUUUCCACGAUCUUCACUUUUACCAUUACUCUGCUGCUUCUCUUGUCGCCAGCAUUUGGCAAAACCUCAAGCCCACCUUCCCUGAGCCCCACCCCAGCACCGGCACCUGCGCCGGACUAUGUGAACCUCACGGACCUCCUCACGGUGGCCGGACCAUUCCACACCUUCCUUGGCUACUUACAAUCCACCAAAGUCCUUGAAACCUUCCAAAACCAAGCCAACAACACAGAAGAAGGAAUCACCAUCUUUGUACCUAAAGAUAGUGCCUUCUCAUCCCUCAAGAAGCCUUCACUCUCCAAACUCACACCAGACCAACUCAAACAAGUCAUCCUCUUCCAUGCCUUGCCUCAUUUCUAUGCCCUAGCUGAGUUCACGAACCUCAGCCAAGCCAGCUCAACCCCAACAUUUGCCGGCGGCGAUUACUCUCUCAACUUCACAGACAACUCCGGCACCGUCCACAUUAACUCUGGAUGGUCCAAAACAAAAGUGAGCAGUGCUGUUCACGCCACAGACCCAGUCGCUGUGUACCAGGUUGACAAGGUCCUUCUUCCUGAAGCCAUUUUUGGAACUGACAUUCCUCCAACUCCAGCUCCUUCACCAGCUCCUGAGAUUGCUCCAGCUGCUGAUUCACCAGAUGCAAAAUCUGCAGAUACCAAAUCUGCUAAAUCAUCUUCUCCUUCAUCUUCACAUGAUGAGGCUGCUUCUCACAGGACCAUCUUCAGCUUGGGCAACUUUGUUAUGGCAAUUUUCAUGGCCAUCGUCGUUGUGUUCUUGUGAUGAUGAUGAUCAUUGAUCAUGAUGAGGCAGGGGAAGGCGAUUCGUUGAAUCUUUUUUGUUUUUCUCAUUAAUUUAAACAAUUCUAUUAUGUCUGUAUAUCAUCUGGGGGUUACAUGAUCAUGUUGCAAUUGGGUGCCUUUGAUUUGAAUUUUUUUUUUUUUUGGUUGAACAUAUGCGACGAUUUUAUUGAAUUAUAUUAUGUAUGUGAAUGUGCUUUUUCUAUGAUGAUGUUAGUUUCUUUGAUCUUAAAGGCAUGUGGUUGUUACGUUAUCUUUA